AUAAGUGCCUACGGAGCACAGUUGUCAUCAGAAGCUUGCAGAGAGCUGGGCUUCUCCAGUAACUUGCUAUGCAGUUCUUGCAGCCUUCUUGCACAGUUCAAUCUGCAUCAGCUGGACCCAUUCUGCAGGCAGUGCUGCCAAGAAGAAGCUCAGUUGGAAACUAGAAAGCUUUAUGCAGGAGCUGUCCUAGAGGUAUGCGGAUGAAAAUUGGGAAGGUUCCCCCAAGUCCAGGCUUUUGUCAGGAGUGAUAAGCCAAAACUCUUCAGGGGACUGCAAAUCAAGUAUGUGCGUGGUUCUGACCCUGUACUGAAGCUGCUCGAUGACAGUGGGAACAUUGCAGAAGAACUGAGCAUCCUCAAGUGGAAUACGGAUAGCGUGGAAGAAUUUCUAAGUGAAAAAUUAGAGCGUCUAUAAAUGACUGCUUUUCAGGCCUCUUUCCUUUUCAUGUCUUGUCAUGGUAAUCUUCUCAGAUGAAACGUGCCACAACGGAAAAAACAUUCCAGCUUCUGUAGUCACUUCAAAAUAAUCUGUUGAGCUGUGCUAAACAUCUUGUAAUUAGAAGGGGAGGCUUCAGCAUGCAUCUGACAAGUUGACAAACAGAAUAGCUUGUCUUCAUGUAUUUCAGCUCUUAAUGCAUUUAUCACGAGCAGAAUGCUUUGUUUCAAAGUUAAUUAUGCAAAUAUCAGUUUGUUAUAAUUGAACCUGUUCUUACAAAUGCUUUUAAAACUGAAGGGCCUCAAAUAACUGAGAUGAUUACCAUGCUUUUUGUCUGCUGCUGUUUGUAAGAGUCAGAACCAAAUGCAAUGUACUAUCUUCCAAAGAAACUUGACUGCUAAUCCCCUCUUCUGAUUUGAGCUGUCCUCUCUAUAGAAGCAUUGUUUACAGCAAGUAUCUAGUUCACAGGGUAGCUGAUGGAGGAACUCAUGCUCUCAAACUGUGAAACACUUAGUAAGUACACUUUAGUGAAGACUACAUAG